ACACACACACACACACACAUCCAGGGACUAUAUAUGGAGCUGCUGAGUGCUGGCGAUGACUCCUGCAGGUUGGACAUGCGUUACAUUUGUCUUAAAGUAUCUUGAUGGUGAAGAUGCUUUUCUCACCGGCCCACAGUCUCAUCCUUCUUCUCCUCCUGAGCUUCACUGACGCUGGACGGAUCCUGAUGAAGAUCAAGGAGCGUGUGCGUGAUCUCCAGCUGCAGAAAGCCAAGCAGCAUCUCCUGGCGCUCACGGUCGGCGGCCGUCAGCCUCUCCAGCAUGUGAAGGAGGGCAGGAUUCACCAGCAGCUGGACCACUUCAACCGACAGGACGUCAACACCUUCGCUCAGAGGUUCUUUGUGAACGAGGCGUUCUGGCAGCGUCCGGAUGGUCCAGUGUUCCUCUUCAUCGGAGGAGAAGGGCCCAUUUAUGAGUUUGAUGUUCUGGCAGGUCACCAUGUUGACAUGGCUGCAGAGCACGGAGCUCUGCUAUUGGCUCUGGAGCAUCGUUUCUAUGGCGACAGCAUCAACCCUGACGGCCUCAAAACAGAGAACCUGGCAGACCUGAGCAGCCAGCAGGCGCUCGCUGACUUGGCAGUAUUUCACCAGUACAUCACCCAGAGCUUCAAUCUGAGCCGCAGGAACACCUGGAUCAGCUUCGGGGGCUCGUACGCUGGAGCUCUGUCCGCCUGGUUCAGAGGGAAGUUUCCCCACCUGGUGUUUGGAGCCGUGGCCUCCUCUGCUCCUGUCAACUCUAAGUUGGACUUCUCUGCCUACAGCGAUAUUGUUGGCUUGAGUCUCAUGAACGAAGCAGUUGGAGGCUCAGAGAAGUGUCUGGCUGCUGUGAGGGAAGCCUUUGCCGCUGUGGAAGCACUGAUGGCCGGGAAUGCCAGCCAGGUGGCCGUGGACUUUGGAUGCUGUCAGAUCCCCAAGGAGUUUGACGAUCAGAUUGAGCUGAUGCAGAACCUGGCCGACAUCAUCAUGGGUGCAGUGCAGUACAAUGAAGAAGGGGUGCUUGUGUCUAUUAAUGAGCUCUGUGGUGUGAUGACCAAUCAGAGCCAGGCAUCCGAGGGGGAGAUGCAGGCUUAUAACCGCCUCGUUAAACUUGCACAGUGAGGAGCCGUGUCUGGACGUCUCCCACGAGAACACUGUGAAGGAU